GUUUUAAUCUUCCAGGGUGCACUCGGAUAUCAUCGUUUGGGUUGGAAAGAGUCUAUCGACUGGGAAGAUCCGUUACUAGAGAGUCGCAUCGGCUUCGUCGUGUACUAUCGCGAAAAAGCUUUUUGGCAGGAGAAGUAUCGAAGUACUUGCACCCCUACCGCAAUUCCGAAGCAAAUGUGUUUUAGCAGAAAAAACUCGAACUACAACUACUACGAAAAGAGGAAAGAAAUACAAGAUGGCCGUGUCCGGCACCAGAAUGCAGUACGCGGAAUUUUUGAAAAGAGUUGCGGAGGAUCUGGCGGUCGAGGUGGGGGCGGAUUUCGAUAGUGGCAAACUGACGCUGCCGGAAGAUGGCGAAGCUUUCGGGGCCAUGUAUCAGCAGAUAAUGGGGAUGUUGGCGCAGAAGGUGCACGAAAACACCGAAAAAGCUGCUGACAAAGCGCUCCAGACGUUGCCAGCGGACGUCGUGAAAGUCGGAGUGUCGGGCUUCCUGAAGCCCGAGGCGGGCGGUGGCGACCCUGCGGGGAAGACCAAGGACGUCGAGCUACCGGCUGACUUGCCGGCGGCGGUUCUGACGAUGCCCAACAAGUGCGUGGCGGCGGCGUGGUGCCGCAAAGUGACCACGGCAAUGGAUGCAUGGGCAGCGAGUUACAAGCCGGAAAUCAUCAGCGCAGCCAGUGACGCGUGCCGAGAGUGCCGCUACAAGCGUGUGCGAGUGGAGAUGGAGGCUCUCGGCGAGACAGGAGUGGAUGACGGAGGACAUCCCCUUGUGGUGCUUCGCGACUGCCCCCAAGUCCCUGACUUCGUUCGCUACGGGGCUCCGGACCACAACGAUAUGACGCUCAUGAUCACUUCCAUCGUGGAGAAGCUCGCAGAAGAUUUGUUGCGGUUGGGUUAUUGUGUCGAAUACAAAGACUGGGGAGGACGUACGAUCUCGCAAUCGGCAUUCAUAGAAGGAGAUGGCCACUCAUUCCACGUGACCUGGAGCUUCUCGUGACUGCAAAAAUUUAGAACUGCGUUGGACUUGGAGCUGCGUGAAAGAUUGCGUGUGACAAAGUACUGCUGGUGAAAAUUUUGUAUACGGAAAUGAACAAAGAAGAAGAAGUACUUGCGCGUUUCUUCGCUGAGCUUGAUCGCGUUUGUUCCGUCCGGUUUCUACCCGUCGUAAAAAGACGGCGACGAUCAAUCGUGUUUCCCCGGCAU